UCCCGGCACCGCCACAGACCCUCACGAUGGGCAAGAAGAGCAAGAAGGAGAAGAAGGGCCGCGGGGCGGAGAAGACGGCCGCCAAAAUGGAGAAGAAGGUGUCCAAGCGCUCACGGAANAGGAGUUCCUCUUUCUUCCUGCAGACGCAUUUAUAUAAUGAACUCUAUAUCUACAACAUCAGGAAGGACACCUGGACCAAGGUAGAAAUCCCCAAUCCACCUCCGAGGCGCUGUGCUCACCAGGCUGUGGUGGUGCCUCAAGGUGGCGGGCAGCUGUGGAUCUUUGGGGGGGAGUUUGCUUCUCCCGAUGGAGAGCAGUUUUACCACUACAAGGAUCUCUGGGUUCUGCAUUUGGCCACCAAGACCUGGGAGCAAGUCAGAUCACCAGGAGGUCCUUCAGGUCGGAGUGGACAUCGGAUGGUAGCCUGGAAGAGACAGUUAAUCCUUUUUGGUGGUUUCCAUGAGAGUACAAGAGAUUACAUCUAUUACAAUGACGUGUAUGCCUUUAACCUGGACACAUUCACUUGGAGCAAGCUGUCCCCAUCAGGGACUGGGCCCACACCCAGAUCUGGCUGCCAAAUGUCCAUCACUCCCCAGGGCAGCAUCGUCAUCUAUGGGGGCUACUCGAAACAGAGAGUCAAGAAAGAUGUGGACAAAGGCACCCAGCAUUCAGAUAUGUUCCUGCUGAAAUCUGAGGAGGAAAGAGAAGGCAGAUGGGUGUGGACACGUAUUAACCCUUCAGGCACCAAGCCCACUCCCAGGUCUGGCUUUUCCGUGGCCAUGGCCCCAAACCACCAGACGCUGCUCUUCGGGGGUGUCUGUGAUGAGGAAGAGGAGGAGAGCCUGGACGGCGACUUCCUCAACGACCUGUACUUCUAUGAUGCCACCAAGAAUCGCUGGUUUGUGGGACAGCUGAAGGGACCCAAGUCAGAGAAGAAGAAGCGCAGGCGGGGCACGAAGGCAGAGCCUGAGGGUGCUGACAGGCAGGAGUGUGGGGAGGCCAGCGCCCAACCCCUGGAGGUGGUCAAAGAGGUAGUCACAGAGGAUGGGACUGUGGUCACCAUUAAGCAGGUGCUGGCUGCCCCAGGCCCAUUAAAACAGCCACAGUCAGAUGAGGACGACAGCCCUGAGGAGGCAGGUGGCCCCUUGGUGGAACCCCGCCCCCGCUCCAAUGCCAUGCUUGCUGUGAAGCACAGCCGUCUCUACCUCUACGGCGGCAUGUUUGAGGCCGGUGACCGCCAGGUCACCCUCAGCGACUUGUACUGCCUUGACCUGCAUAAGAUGGACCAGUGGACGGUCUUGGUGGAGGCAGAUCCAGAAACUCAGGAGUGGCUGGAGGACACCGACUCGGAGGACAGCGACGAGGGUGCUGAGGGUGGAGAGGACGACGAGGACGACGACGAGGACCAGGACGGUAGUGAGCACGGGGAGCCACAGCACCCCUUGGUGAUGCCUGGUGAGCAGUUCACAGACUACCUGACUAGGACUGAGCAGUACUGGGUGAGGCUUGCCCAAGACGAUGCUGGGCCAGAAGCACAAGAGAAGAGAGUGCUGAAGGUAGCCCACGCCAGGGCAAAAGCUUUCUUUGAUGACUCAUCAUGAGCCGCUGGGCUGGGCCACAAGUUAAACUGAGUGGGUUUAUCUUCCCUCAGCGUCACCGGUGUGAUUUAAAAUAAACUGGACUUGGAACAGG